AUGCGCGGCUUCAACCUGAAAGGACUGCAACUGCUGCUCCUGUCCUUGACGCUCACGGGCACCAGUGCACACUCCUGGGUCGAACAACUGACCGUCAUCGCGCCCAACGGCACCUUCGUCGGCCCACCCGGCUACCCCCGAGGGAAUGCACUCCGCACAUCCGCAGACUACAGCGACAAGAGCAUGACCUACCUCGCCACCGACCAACUAUGCAAAGACACCCAGCAAACGCAGACGCAGACAGACAAAAGCCCCCGGCUGCAGGCCAGCCCCGGAGCCCCCAUCGCCCUGCGCUACCAAGAGAACGGCCAUGUGACGCUCCCCGAUACCCAAAAGGGCAAGCCCAAGAACCGCGGGACGGUCUACGUCUACGGGACGACGAAUCCCAAGGAGGGCGAGAAGCUCGCCGACGUCCACAAGGUGUGGAACCGCGACGGGACAGGAGGAGACAAGCGGGGGGUUCUGCUGUCGACGCAGGACUUCGACGACGGCCGCUGCUACCAGGUCAACGGCGGUCCGAUCUCCACCUCCCGCCAGGCUCAGUUCCCCCAUCCCACAGACCAGCUCAUGGGCGCCGACUUGUGGUGUCAACAUGAUCUCGCCUUGCCUACCAAUGCCCCCUCGGGCAAGCCCUACACCCUCUACUGGGUCUGGGACUGGCCCACCGCCGCCGGGGCCGACCCCGGUCUGCCGGACGGCAAGCAGGAGAUCUAUACGACCUGCAUGGACGUGGACGUGGCGGGUGAUCCCCAGACGAAGCAGCCGGCCAAAUACAACUCGGACCAGCCGCUCAACAGCGCGGCGAUCCCCGCCCAGUUCGCACAGACCAUGGGGUCCUCUGGACCUUCCGGUACACCUUCUAAGUUAGCCCCUCUCCAAACGGCCGCCGCCGCCAUCCAAACGGCCGUCGCCGCCAUCCGGAGGGUCGCCGCCGAUGCCAGGCAAGCCAUUCCCGCCGAUACCAUUCAAGUCGUCGCCGCCGAUGCCAUCCAAAUCGUCGCAGCUGAUUCCAUCCAAGUCGUCGCCGCCAAUGCCAUCCAAGUCGUCGUCCCAGGCGCCUUCCAAGUCGUCCCCGCGCCCACCGCCGGGAGCCACCGUGACCUCGUUCGUGACUUUGAUCCGGACGGUGUCUCCCACUGGGUGUACGCCAGGCGUGGCUCCUUGAGGAUCCCUUGCACGAGUGUAUGCUUGGUGUAG